UGGCAUGUCAAAUAUCCAAUAAAAUAUAUUGAAAAUGUUGUCUAGCUUUAUGAGCUUAGUUGUCACAGCAAUAUACGACGAUGACUAUAAGUUUUUAUACUAGAACAAUGUUAUUUCAUGCAAAGAAACACUCCUUAUACAGUAGUGAGCAAAAACACACACCACCAUACACCCACAUCACACACACCCACACACACCUAUGUAAACAAAAGAUUUGCCAUCUAAUGUACUGCUUUAAAGUUUGUUUAGUUUUAAACAACCAUGACUAGCUGUUAAACCGGACUGAGAAACUUUAUUAAAUGCCCCUGGUGUUUCACAAAUUUACAAUAGCACAUCCUUCAGUGUAGAGUGAAACUGGUUCAAUGAUGUUUCAUUUGAAGUGAACUCAGGUGAGUGUACAGCCAGUCAUAGAUAUUAUUGGGCACAGCCAAAAUCAAGUCUGUCUACAUUGUCAACAGAACUUUUACUUUUGAUUCCAGUGAAGUACAAACACCGCAUACAGUAACUUCGGACCACUAAAAGGACUAAUAUCCUUGUAUGAGUAACUCCUGCUGUUUGUGGUGGCAGACAUGAAUUGGAUGUCUCUACAAGUCCUGCUCGGCGGGGUCAGCCAAUACUCCACUGCGUUUGGCCGCGUCUGGCUAUCUGUGGUGUUCGUCUUCCGAAUCCUGGUGUUUGUGGUGGCUAUUCAACAGGUGUGGAAUGAUGAACAGAAAGACUUCAUCUGCAACACCGCCCAGCCGGGCUGUGCUAACGUCUGCUACGACAAAUUUUUCCCCAUCUCCCACGUCCGUCUAUGGGCUCUCCAGAUCAUUUUUGUCACUUGCCCAUCUCUUAUGGUGGUGGCUCACGUCAAGUAUCGUCAAAUGAAGGAUGAGAAGUACACCGCUCUUCACAAGGAUGAUCAUCUGUACGUCAACCCAGGGAAGAAGCGUGGAGGCCUGUGGUACACCUACAUACUCAGCCUGGUGUUCAAAGCUGGCUUCGAUGCAGGAUUCCUCUAUAUUUUGUACUUUCUUUAUCAUUUCGACAUGCCAAAUGUUACCAAAUGCACAGAAGAACCUUGUCCAAAUACAGUUGACUGCUACAUCUCCCGUCCUACAGAGAAGAAAAUCUUCACCCUCUUUAUGGUGGUCUCCACUUCUGUGUGCAUCUUCAUGUGUAUCUGUGAGAUAUUCUACCUGAUUAGCAACAAAGUUCGCAAAUUCCUGCGCAAACAGAGAGACCGGAUUACAGACCCCAACUAUAGACGGGUGGAUCCAACAGCUUCAUCCACCCAGAACCUCAGCAACUUGGAAAAAGCAAAGGUUGCAGCAGUGGAAAAGGAGUCAGAGCCAACCUAAUUAUGAUUCUGGAACAAACAAGCAUGCAAACAGUAUAAGACAUGUUGGACCUUGGCUAAUAUUGUAGAUAAUCCAAUCACGCCAAUACACCAAAGGGAUAUUGCAUUUAAAACAGUUUAAUUACUUUUUCCUGUAACAAUGACUCAUCUAUAACUAAUUCUGAGUGUCCUUUUUGUAUGUAAUGAAUCAGAUACCAGUUAUUAGGAUGGUAUUCUUGAGUCUCAUUCAGUAGAGGAGCACACUGCCCCCUAGUGUACAGAAAAUAUAACCCCUUUACAAAACAACGUGGUGGGAGUUGACCACAAGCAUUCUGUCCCUGGCAUAAUACAGCAAAUUUAAGUCUGAAAUCGACUACAAAACACUGGCAUUAUAGCACACUUAAACUCCGACACUCUUAAAAGUCAGACUCAUUGGGAAGUCUUUACAUUAUAGGCUACAUUAGUACCUUUAUGAACUGCUCAAAAACAUACUUAAUGUAGCCUACAUUCUCUGUGUUUAAAUAAUGUUUACAGAAAUCAUACGUUCAAAUAUCCAACAACACCCUUUAUUGUAGCUUCACAUGCUUCAAUGUAAAGCACUACUAAAUAGCCUACAACUUUCAUGGUGCACAUAUCAUGGUUUGACUAGUUAAAUCAGUUAUGACUCUUAAUUUGAAGAGUGUAGGCCUAUGAGUACUUAAUUAGGCUACUAUAUAUAUAUAGAUAUAGAUAUAGGGCAAAUGCCUUUUAAAGUGUUGCUGCCAUACGUCAAUUGUUUUGUGUAAUCAUUUCACGGUUUAAAAUAAUGGCUGAAAAGCAUAUAAUAGGUUAUUUAAAGGGGACCUAUUAUGUCCCUUUUUAUAAGUCUCAGGUGUCCCCAGAAUGUGAAGUUUCAGCUCAAAAUACCACACUGACUGACCUAUUAUUCCAUGUUGUAAAUGCCCUUUUUUCUUAUCUUUUCCCUUAUACCUUUGCACCGAAGACUUCUUGGAAAAAUGCAGUAACAACUUAAAAUAUGAAAGGUAUAAGUUAAAAAUAAGACUAACAAUGUUUACGUAUAUACACAGUCAGGUUCUUUUGGUAAUGUUAUUGAUUAUUUCCAUGAUAACGGUAUUGUACUGGUGAGAGUUAUUUAACUGUAACGGACAACUGAAAUUAUCCAUAUAUACUCAGAACGAUUAAUGGUGUCAAGAUUUUAGAUCAUUUUACGUACCAUUCCAUUUUGAACUGCACUGAUGCAUUAUAUUAAGAUUCUAAAAUUGUAAGAAAUAGAAAAAAGACCAAAAGUAUCGAACACGUGUUCAUCCAUUUAAUGUUAUUCUAUGGAUAAUUUAUUUUGGUUUAUUUAAUUUGAUGCUGCUAUGACUAACAGUGAGUAUACUGUUUAAAUCCUCUGUAUAUUUCUAUGUCUUCUGCAAUAAAAAGACAAACCAUGACGAUUUUUAAUGUUUUUUUUUUUUAUUUUGGACCGAGUCAUUUUAUAUUAAGUGUUCUCAUGUUACGAGGCAAAUUUCACACAACCAAAUAUUAUCCAGUUGAUGAAUAAAGUUAAGC